AGAUAAUUGCAAUGUAUCUGUGUAUGCUUAAUUCUCAAAGUCCAGAGAUGGAAAAACCACCACUACUCUUCAACUUCAAAAUCAUCUUACUCCUUCUCACCCAAUCACUCCUCACCACAUCAUCACACUCUCUAAACCCCACCACCGUCACCUUCUCCGUCACCGAAUACGGAGCAAUCGGCGACGGCAUCCACUACGAUACCGUAUCAAUCCAAACCGCCAUAGACUCCUGCCCUUACUCUAUCCCCUGCCGCAUCACUUUCCCAUCUCCCGGUAACUACCUAACCGCAACCAUAUUCCUUCGAUCCGGCGUCGUCCUCAACGUCGAACCCGGCGCCACCAUCCUCGGCGGACCGAGACAAAAAGAUUACCCGAAGGAGUCUUCGAGGUGGUACGUGGUGUUGGCAGAGAACGCGACGGAUGUGGGGAUUGCUGGCGGAGGUGUGGUGGAUGGACAGGCGGAGAAAUUUGUGGUGAGAUAUAAUGAAAGAAAGAAUGUAAUGGUGAGCUGGAAUCAGACUGGGGAUUGUUUGGGUGAUGAAUGUAGACCUAGAUUAAUUGGUUUUCUUGGUUGCAAGAAUGUUAAAGUCUUCAAUGUUACUCUUAAUCAACCUGCUUAUUGGUGCUUACACUUGGUAAGAAGUGAAAACAUAACCAUUCAGGAUAUUGCAAUUUAUGGAGAUUUGAAUAUACCAAAUAAUGAUGGGAUUGACAUUGAGGACUCAAACAACACUGUAAUCACUCGAUGCCACAUUGAUACAGGGGAUGAUGCAAUCUGUCCAAAAUCAUCCACUGGUCCUGUUCACAACUUAACAGUCACUAACAGUUGGAUUCGAUCCAAAUCUUCUGCAAUCAAAUUUGGCAGUGCUAGUUGGUUUGAAUUCAAGCAUUUUGUCUUUGACAAUAUCACCAUUGUUGAUUCUCAUAGAGGGCUUGCAUUCCAGAUUCGUGAUGGAGGAAAUGUAAGUGACAUUGUCUUCUCAAACAUAAAAAUAAGCACAAGAUACUAUGAUCCGUUAUGGUGGGGGAGAGCAGAGCCUAUCUAUGUCACAACUUGCCCAAGAGAUUCAACCUCAAAGGAGGCAUCAAUCUCAAAUGUUCAUUUCAUCAACAUUACAGCAAAUUCUGAAAAUGGAAUCUUCCUCUCUGGUUCAAAGAGAGGAUUGUUAAGAAACUUGAGCUUCAUCAACAUGAAUAUCACUUACAGAAGGUUCACCAGUUAUGCUGGUGGGUUCUUUGACUAUAGGCCAGGAUGCCAAGAAUUGGUUAAACAUAAGACUGCAGGGAUAAUGAUGGAGCACAUUGAAGGUCUUGAGGUUAGAAAUGUAGAAAUGAGAUGGGAAAAAAAUGAUCUUGAGCAGUGGAAUAAUCCUAUGGAGUUCAAACCAUCUACUGUGAAUAACAUUCAUUUCUCUAAUUUUAAUUCUGUAGUGUAUUCAAAUAGCAAAUCAAGUCAAUAACGUUGGGUAUGCAAGCAUAGGGAAAAGGUUCAUUCUGGGUAAAAGUUCAAAAGAGGGGAAAAGCAUUUGCUUUGUGCAUCUAGAAAAUCAAAAGAUCGGGGAUCGUACACUGUUUUCAUUAUACCUUAUGAUUGCAUUUCACCAUUCAAAAAUUUGUGAUUAAGGCUUCAAAUUGUUUAUAUCAGGUGUGAUAUCACGUUGUCUCUCUUCAUAAGAAUGCCUACGUUCCUUUCUUAUUUUGUUUCUGUUAGGAGAAUUGUUGGUUGUGAUAGAGUAGGAAUGUUUAAAAUGAGAGAUUUGAUAUAAGUAGGGUAGGAUAUCAAUUUUUUUUUCCUAUAGAUAAUUCACUUUUGAACUCAUUGUAUAUUACUUAAAAUAUCAUUGUAUGGUACCCAAAGCAACUGCAUUUUUAAUAUGAAAAA